AUGGAUCCGACAAAGCGCAAGGCUGGCCCAGAGCUGGUAUCUAACCCAUUCAUCAAAAAGCGCAAUCUCGAGUGGAGGAUCUCGCCACCACCUCUACGCAAUCCUCAUCGUCAGCUGAAGGUCGGUGCAGGGAGCAUUGAUGAGAAGCCUGAUGAAGGAAAAGAUGCCGGCAUUGGGCCGCCGCUUCCGGCUGAUGUCAACAGCAAUAGCGCAGCCAUCGAGGCCGGCGAUGUGAAGAUCACAGACCACGCCGCGCACUUCAGCCAGCUCCUCUCGGAGUGCAUCUUCUCCCCGUACCCGGAGGACACGCCUCGCCUCUCUGUCGCCGGCUACCGCGCCCUCUACGAGCGCAACUUCGGCAGCCCACACGGAGCACACUUCGUCAUCCACCAGCAUGACCACCCGGUGGCAGGGACGCAUUACGACAUACGGUUACAGAUCAACCCGACCUCAUCUGCGUCGUGGGCCUGUAUGUACGGCGUUCCCGGGGACGCCAACUCUACACGGCCACUACGCAACGCCACCGAGACCCGCGUGCACUGUCUGUGGAACCACCUCAUCGAAACAGCGAGUACCGCGACGGGGAGCCUGCUCAUCUGGGACACGGGCACGUACGUGGUGCUGGAGCGCCGAAGCAAGCACGCCCCGGCGGUGGAUCCGGAGUCGCAGGAGACGGACGGUGGCGGUGGUACUGGCUGGGGGAAGCUCACUGAGCAGGAGAAGCUUGCACGUGCGUUCGCGGACCGCAAGAUUCGUCUUCGACUGGAUGGUGCGCGCCUGCCGCGGCCGUAUGUGCUCAACUUGCGCUUGACGAAAGAUGAGGACGCCGCUGGUAGGUCGAAGGCGCAGAGGUCUGCUCAAGGAACGCCGCGCCGGCGACGGCCGAGGGCACCCCUAUCAGAGACCUCGAAGACGAUGGUUGUAACCAGUAGUAGCAGUGGCAGCUCGGACGAGGAAGGGGCCAUUGAUAUGGAGGGAGAGGAGAAAUAUAAGGAUGGCUCAGGCGCACCGGCAGGGAAUGACGAGGCCGAACUAUCGGCAAUGGAGCGGGAGCUGCGUGAGCUCGAGGACGCGGAGGUCCGGCGGACCAAUGCAUAUCCUGGGGCAAGCAAUACGAUUGGCAGCGUACAUCAACGCAAGUGGUUCCUGUCAAUGGACCGCGAGGCCAGCGGAUUCGUGAAGACGCGAAAAGGGAACCGUGUAGUAUGGGAGAAGAAGAUAGGAGAGUAUACUCUCAAGCCAAGAGACAACAUAGUCGAUGGCAAUGGCAGCGAGAGCUCGGGACGGAUUUCCUACCCUUUCUACGUGCGUGGACCCGAGUUUGAGAGGAGCGUGAUCACGGGACGGCUAGGGAACGACAUCCUUAGCGACGAAGGUGUCACUCGGUUUGUAAACAGAAAGGGCUGGAGACCCGUGGUGAACUGA